UCCAUAUACAUGUCUCUCGAGCUAGCUUUCGGACUCAAAGCAUUAAAUUGCAUAUUCUAAUUUUAUAAACAAUUUUGAAAAUUUUAUAUUCAGUGUUGUCUUUUCACCACUGUUUUUAAUUUACUGUUAUGAACGGAAAUGAUACCUAUUUAUUAUCCCUUGAGAUUUCCAAUACUACCGAUGGAUCUAUUUUGUCUUUGAUUCCUGGAAACAAUGGAAUGCUGACUCCUGUUUCUAAUACCAAGCGAAGGUUACUAGAUAUGACAUAUGAUACUCUGACGAAGCUUGUACUCUUGAAGCUUGAAUGUCAAACCAUUCCCAGUUUUCGACUGUUCUUUACCCCAGAGGUUGCUAAUAUAAAGCAAGAAAACAAAAAGCUCUUUUUACUCAAUUGUGAAUCGAUCGCGUCGUUAAAUAGUUUUUUUACUCGAGUGAUAUCUUAUGAUGAACUAUGCAGCCAACAGAACGUUUAUGAAGUGUCUACGUUAGUCGAGACAAAAAAUGAUGACUACGGAUUCUCCUAUGAUUGGAAGCCUUCUGUUCAUAAAACUUUAGAGGAUGGCUGCUUUAACUAUUCAUGCCUAGCUAUUUAUUCGUUCGAAACCGAAUGUUUGGUUUCUACAAACAAGCUUUUCUACUACAUAAAAUUUGACUCAUCAGAUUUUGAAGAUACUCCUAUGUUAUUAAAUUCGCCUACGAAAGUAUCGCCCAAAACUACUGAAAACUGUUUGUCUCAGAGUCCUAAACCUUCCCCUGAGCCAGCUAUUUACAGUUCGAAAACCGCUAUAUAUCCUGAAACUUAUGAAGACAAUCCUUUUUUUCGCUCUAUCUUGCAUGAAUUAGAACAGAAGUCAUCCUCCAUGAAGUUGUAUUUUAAAAAAAUAAUGAAACGAAUCAUGCAGGUGAGCUCUGCUUUCGAAGAAUCCGAGUAUGCUUUUAAGCGACUGUCUGACACUCUUUAUGAAGCAUCCACAGAUACCACAAUCGCUUCGCAACCGAUGCUAGAUGAAUUUUUGCUUCGCUCAUUUGAACUUGAAAUGAUUGUUUUACGGCAUAUGAAGGCUGACUUUAUGAAUCAUAUGUAUGGACCUUUACAAAGAAUAUAUAGUACCUCUAUAAAGCCUAUUGAUGAUAAGAAAUUGGAGUUCGAAGAACAAAGUAAAAGUUAUUAUACUUUACUGUCUCGUUUUAUGUCUUGUCGUAAAGAUUCUAAGUUAUCCGAAUCGGUCUUUUUCGAAAAAGAAAAGCGCUUUGCUUUACAACGUUAUGAUUAUUAUUGCUUUAUGCAAGACCUUUAUAAUGGCUCCACCAUGAGUGAAAUAAGUGAGGUUUUUUUAAAAUUUGUAAAUCGACGAUUCGACAAAUUGUCCGACUAUAUGGCUUCCUUGGAAUAUUUACUCCCUCAGCUACAGCAAUUGAUGUCGAAACUAGAAGCUUCGAAAUGGGAUCUCACUUUUCAAGAAAAAUGCCGAAGAAAGCAACGUUCGGCUAUGAUAACGAAGAAAGAUCGACCAAAAUCCAUGUUUGCUAUUCCAUCCUCCCCUUUAUCUGAUGUAUCGGAAAGGUCUGAUUAUACAAUGUACAGCCCACCACAUUCUUCUUCAUCUGAAGACUUCCAAAAAGUAAGCAGUCCUACAUCAAACGUUCAUAAUCCUGGUUUGAUAUACAAGGAAGGGCUUUUGUUUGUUUUCACUGCCUCUGAAUUAGGAGCCGACUUAGCCGUUCGCAGUAAAGCAGCCUGGCAUAAAUACUGGGUUGCCAUCAAGGAUGGUUAUAUGCUGGAGUAUGCAAAUUGGAAAGAUUCUGAAAAGAUUAGUGUUUAUUCAAUUUCACUGCGAAAUGCUUCUGUGAGAAAAUUAAGAAAACAGCCAAGGAAAUACUGUUUAGAACUGAUUUCUCCAAAGACAAAGCGCUUAUAUCAAACAACUUCUGAAACUGAAUUGGAUGCUUGGAUUAGUUCCAUUAAUGAUUCCAUAAAAUCUUUAACUAAGCAAUCUUCUUUAGAAGAUUCACUCACAUCUUCAGAUGAACAGCCAGUAAUCAAAGGGGUUUCGUCGCCGCCUGUUGAGCGCGCUCGCUUGACUCGCAAGAUCAGUGGCUCCGGAAUCAGAAGAGCAUUCACCCGGAAAGGGUCUUGGAAUUUUCCUCAACUUUUUCGAAGUGCAAGCACAAACACAAAAACUAUUGAGGAUUUAGAAAAAUGCCAUGCAAGUGCAAGCAUUUUCAUCGAAAUGUUGAGAAGGAUCGAUCCAGAAAACUCUCUCUGUGCUGACUGUGGCUCUACGAAAGACGUGACAUGGUGCUCCAUCAACAUUCCAGUAAUUUUGUGUAUUGAAUGCAGCGGUGUUCAUCGUUCGCUUGGUUGUCAUAUCUCAAAAACACGCUCCCUUUUAUUUGACUCUUUUCCCCAACAGUUAAAGCUUUUGUUGUCUCGAGUAGGGAAUUCAGUUGUAAACCGUGUUUUUGAAGCGAGGAUAAAUUCAUUCUCUGGUAAACCUUUUCCUGACAGUGAUACGGGUAUGAAAGCUGUGUUUGCCAAAAAGAAGUAUGCUGAACAUGCCUUUAUGGAUCUGUCAUCAGUAGACGCAUACCAGUAUCUUAUUGAAGGUCUAAGGAUGAACGAGACAGAAAAAGUCUUGCUAGCACUUGCUGCUCAACCAAACUUCAAAGAGCACCGUUCUGAAUUUCUAAAGGAAGUAACUCAAGAUGCAAGCCGCUUACAUUAUUUGGAGCUGAUGCUUUUGAACGGAUUGUUAUUGCCCUCCUCUGAAGAAAUAUCCAAGUAUGCUUGUAAAGAAAUGGAAGCAUUAUUACAACAAAAGCAUUAUGUCAAAUAUCGCGAGGAAGAAGUAUAGGGAAAGAACAAAGAGCAGAUGUUUCCUUACUAUAAAAAAUCCAUUCUUCUUUGAUAAAACAGGUUUUAAUGAAGGAAGCAGAGCCUCCACAUUCCCAACCGUAAUUCCUCUCACUAAUAGAAGUCGUGGACUCUGAAUUGAUUCAAAAUAUUUUCAAGCCUUUAUCUCAUACCCGUCUCUGAAAUACUGCUCUUUCUUUGUGCCGUCUUCUCUGUUGUAUAUGCAGCAUUAAGACAGUUAUUUGAAUUCCGUUCAACGAAAAGUGUAAUAUGAACGACAAUCAAAGUGAAUCUUCAUCAUCAAGGAAAGACACGUUUUCGUGUCUGAUAAACCUUUGGUAAAAGUUGUCAUAGUCAUUUCGUUUGUUCGAAUUGACCAGUUAUUCUACAAAAUUCUUAAAACGCAAUUAAAAGAAAAAAAAAACGUCCAUCGCUCGCUUAAAAGGUUUUAUUUUUUUCUCAUUAACUUUACAUUACUCGCUUUAUUGAAUUGCGAGAACUAUUUAUUACGCACCAUUCCUUCUUUUCUUCUGACAAUACACUUACUUCUUGGACACUCAUUUUGGUACUAAUUCACUAAUAAUAGCUAAUUUGACUGUGCCCUCUUUUUUUUUUUAGUCGACUUGUUAUCCGUCAA